GAGACUUUUGGGUCUAUACGGAAAUGGCUCGGUGAAUGCGUUGACGGCCAUCCCGAAUGCCCCGGCGACACCCCAAGAGAGCUACCAACGAGGCUCAUCAUGGUCUCACCAGUCGAGGCAGAGCCCUCAGCACGCUUGUGCGAGACUCUCGGCAAGACAGGGCAAUAUUGCGCUCUUAGCUAUUGCUGGGGCGGUGACCAGGUCCACAAGACCACCCGUGAGAAGUAUGCCGCAUAUCUUCAAGAGUUGCCAUACGAAGGACUGCCGCAAACCAUUCGAGACGCCUUCCAAGUCGCCCGGUCCGUUGGAGUAGGAUACAUAUGGAUUGACUCAUUGUGCAUCGUCCAGGACGACAAGGAGGAUGUUGCCCGAGAGAUGGCAAAGAUGUUCCAAAUCUACUUCAACAGUUGCUUCACGAUCUCGGCAGCCAGCGCG